AAAAGAUAGAAUGAGUAAAUAAGAGGAGAUCCAAGAUAUAAAUAAUGAUAAAACCGAAAGUUAAAUAAAUACAGAAAAAGCAAAUGCCUAUUAUUGGAAAGGUUUUUAUUGAUAUUUUUAGAAUUAGGAAAUGCCUUACAAAAAUUCGGAAUGUAUCAUGAAUCCAUAGAAGCCUACUCCGAAGCAAUUGAGAUCGAACCAAUAAAUUUUAAGGCAUAUAUUGGCAAAUGUCAAUUUUAAAAUUUAUCAAAAGGAUUUGUUUAAUAUUGAGAAAGUUCAUAUGAUUAAGCUAUUGAGUAAUACUCAAAAGCUAUUGAAAUUGAUCCAUAAUUUUCUUUCCCUUAUAACAAUAGAGGCAAUAAUUUAUAACUAUCAUAUAGGAUUACUUAAUUAUAUAUUACUUUAGUAUGAUAGAGCUGUUGAGGAAUACUCAAAAGCAAUUUUGGUUGAUUCAUAAUCAUUUAUAUCGUAUUACAAUAAAGGUGAAUAUUCUAACUAUUGAAUAGCUAUUGCCUAUCAUCAUUUAAAGAAUUAUGAUGAUGCUAUAAAAGGUUUCUCAUAUGUAAUUUAGAUUAACACAAAUUAUCCAUGGCGUAUUUCAAUAGAGGAAAUAGUAUUUAUAAUAGAAUUAGGAAAUAUUUAUUUAGAAUUAGAUCUAAUUUAUGAAGCUAUUGAGGAUUUUAAUAAGGCAAUUAAGAUAGACCCAAAAUUAACUCUUCCAAUAAAUCUAGGUUACUUAUAAUAUAAUUGUUUAGAAAAAAUUAAUUAGACCAAUAAUAUAUACUCUGAGGCACUUUUUAUUUCUCGAAGGCCAUUGAACAAAAUCCAUAAAAUGCCAAAGCUUAUAACAACAAAGGUAAAAAUCGAUGUCUUAUCAACAGGAUUUGUUUUAUAACACUUGAAAUA